AUGGCGACGUUGGGAAGGUUCGAUCAGUUCAUCGAGGACGGUGACGAAGAUUUUCAGUCCUACGUGGAGCGGUUUGAUCACUUCCUGAAGGCCUCCCAGGUGAGCGACGACCUGAAGGUGUCAGUGUUCAUAACGGCAAUAGGAAAGAAGGCCUACAAAAGUCUGAAAACGUUGCUGGAGCCAGAAAAGCCAGAAAUCAAGACGUACGCACAGUUAGUACAGACACUGAAAGAGCAGUACAUUCCCAAAAUUUUCGUGAUUGCCGAGCGUUUCAAAUUCAAUCGUUGUUUUCAACAAGUUGGGCAAGCGGUGACAGCCUUCGCUGUAAAGUUAAAGUGGUUGGCGACAUCCUGUGACUUCAGAACGUUUCUGGACGACGCGGUGCGCGACUGGUUUAUAGCAGGACUUUGUGACAAAGAAACACAAGCAGAGCUGUUAAAGACAAGCAGGUUGACUUUUAAAAAGGCCUGCGAUACAUGCUAA